AAGAAGAAACACACGUGAUUCGCGCUAACUGGAAACAAGAUGGCGGUAGCGGUGCGGAGCUUGCAAGAUCAGCUCGAAAAAGCUAAGGAAAGCUUAAAACAUGUGGAUGAUAAUAUUCGGAAAUUAACAGGACGUGAUCCUAAUGAAUCAAGACCGGGUCAGCUCCGUCGGCUCGGCGGCCCCAUGGCAGGCCCUGGUGGAGGUAGAGGCAGAGGAAUCAACUUGCUCAGGCGUAGUCUCUCAGAUAUUGGAAGCGGCGGCCCACCUGCCAAGCAAAGGGACAUUGAAGGAGCCCUCCUGAGGCUGGCAGGGGACCAGAGGGCCCGGAGAGACGCGCGUCACGACAGCGACGCCGAGGAUGAUGACGAUGUCAAAAAGCCGGCGUUGCAGUCGUCUGUCGUAGCUACCUCCAAAGAGAGAACACGCCGAGACCUCAUUCAAGAUCAAACCAUAGAUGAGAAGGGCAAACAGAGGAAUCGGCGAAUGUUCGGCCUGCUAAUGGGGACCCUGCAGAAAUUUAAACAGGAGUCAAACGUCUCUACAGAAAAACAAAAGAGGCGUUCAGAGAUUGAGCAGAAACUUGAGGUUCAGGCUGAGGCUGAAAGAAAGAAGGUGGAGAAUGAAAAGAGGGAGUUGUUUGAAGAGAGGAGAGCCAAACAAACUGAGCUGAGACUACUGGAACAGAAAGUUGAAUUAGCUCAGCUGCAAGAGGAGUGGACCAGCCACAAUACCCGUUUGGUGAAAUACAUUCGCACCAAGACCAAGCCACACAUCUUUUACCGGCCUGGAAAAAUGUGCUCCGCAACACAGAAACUCCUCGAUGACUCCACAAAGAAGCUAAAUGCUGUGUUUGAGGAGAGGCGUGAAGCAUUUGCUGAACACCUCAGCAAGAUGGAGUCCCGCCCCAGGCGUCAGCCAAACCGGGACCAGGAUGGCAACACAGCAGCAGCAGGGACGGACCACUCGGCGGAGGGUAAGCCAGCAGGUCAGGUAGUCAAGGUGACAGGUAACAAGGGUGUAGCACAGAUAGAGGAGGAGGAGGAAGAUGAGGAGGAGGAGGAAAGGGAAAAGGAGGGAGAUAGAAAGAUGGCAGAGAAAGAUGAGGGGGAAGAGAGAGAAGGGGAGAAAGAAGGGCUGAAGAAGGAUGAGGAGGAGGGGAUGGAGUUUGAGGUACAAAGUGAGGAGAAAAAGGAAGAGGAGGAGGUGGUUGAGUGCAGAGCUGAGCAAAGGGAGAAGGAGAACAAACAGGCCAGUCCAGGGUCAGAGGAAAUGGAGGUCGAGGGAAUGCCAGAGCAUGAGAAUAGGAUUAAGAGAGAGGAGCAGGGAGAAACAGACAGAAAUGAGGGAUGCACAGACCUCAAAAAUGAAAAGGCCCAGGACACCCCGUCCUCUGAACCAGCCGUUACCAGCCCAGAAGCUCUGAUCACCAGUCACGAGUCCAUCCCCUUCAUCUCGGAACCGGCUGGUAAAUCCUCUGAGACACAGGGCGCCUCUCCUUUCCCAUAUCCUCAAACAGCAUCCAGUGAUCUGAAUUUUGUCAUACCUGGACUUGAGAGUCUGGAAACUGCUGAAAACCAGGCAGUGGAAGGAAAAUUACGUGAUGAAGAACCUGAAAAACUACCUGAAUCCCAGGAGCCCCCCAGCACCACCCCUGCACCCUCUAAAGAGGAUGAGGACAGUGGCAGAGGGAGGAAGAGGGACAAGGAGCCCAAGAAGGGUCGCAGUCAUAGUAACAGCUCCUCCUCUUCCUCCUCGGGCUCCUCUUCCAGCGGAAGCUCUUCCUCCUCCUCUGGAUCCAGCCGGUCUUCUUCAUCAUCCUCCUCCUCAUCAUCCUCAUCGUCCAACAGCAGCAGCCGAAGUCGCAGCCGUGACAGCGGCAAGCGCAAGAGGCGGCCAUCGGACAGGAGCAGAGACAGAAAGAAGGGAGAGGAGAGAAGUCACCGCAAGAGAGGAGGAAGUAGUGGAGGAGGGAGGGACUCGAAGGGAUCGAAGGAAAGGAGGAAGAGGAGGAGCGAAGAAGGGAGGGCCAGAUCAUCACGGAGUGAUAGGGAGCAUAAAGAUAGAGACAGGAAGGACAAACGACGCUAAUCUGGUUUUUGUUCAGCCUCUCUACAGGAACUUAAGCCUCCAACUAUUUACUUAUUGACAGAUGAUAAAGCUUUUAAACUUAAAUUCAUCUUAAAAUGCCACAUUUUUAAAAACCUAGCCUGUAGAAGCAAAUGUUUUGUCAGUAUAGGAUUUAUAAGGCAACGUAAAUUAAAGUGGUUAUUUUCUGACAAUGAAUUGAGAUUUUCCCCCUUGGCAUAAAGGAUGUAAAUUCCAUUUUAAGUUCAAGCGGUGCCUCUGGCCAGAAACUAUACUGUCUUGAUCGGGCCCUUAAACAGGUUUGAGAUAGGUUAAACUAUUGAGGAGACUUUUAGCCCUGCCAUUUAGAAUCUGAAGUACUCAUUUUACUUUAAAUGGGAUUUUGUGACAGUGACGAGAAGGUGUUGAACGUUUUUUUGGUUUAUCUUUACCAUAUUGCCACAGGCAGUUUUGGUUGUUAUGGAGACAUUUAAUUUAAAAA